AUGAGUCCUUCUCCCGGAGCUCAUCCGGAUAGGACCAUUCCGGAGUGGAUGGAUCCUCAAGGGAUACAUGGAAGGUUAUACUACAUGUUCCUUAAAGCUAAAAAAGGUUUUGAGCUACCCAAAAAUCCGUUCGUCAUUGCAAGGUCGAUCGAGCAGUACGCGGGACAAAUAGAAAGUGGGUACUUUGUGAAGAGUAAAGAAUGGUACGUGUUAAAAAUUCGCAGCAAGGAUCAAGCCCGGAAAAUUUUCACCAUGACUACACUAAUCGAUGGCACGGAAAUCGAAUUAGGUCGCCAUCCGGAAUUAAACAGCCGAAAAUUUGUGGUACGAUGCCACGAGGUCGCAGGUAUGUCUGAGGAAGAACUUCUGAAAGAGCUGUCGCCGCAAAAAAUUUUACAUGUGAAAAGGAUAAUGAAAAAAACAUCUUCUGGACUGGUUGAAACACCGACACUUAUACUGACAAUAAAUUCGACUGUGAUUCCGGAAUUUAUUAAUUUUGGAUUCAUACGUCUGAGGACACGUCUUUACUAUCCACAACCAUUAAUAUGUCGUCAUUGUUUGAAGUAUGGACAUCCGAAAAACAAAUGUCUGACAGAAAAGGUCUGCAUAGUUUGCUCUGGUAUCCACAGCAGCGAAACAUGUACGGCCAAAUCCAAGUUUUGCGCUAACUGCAAAGGAAACCAUUCUCCGCUCGACAGAAACUGCCCAGUAUACACGUAUGAGACUGCUGUUCUGAAAGUCAAAACCGAACAGAAUAUAACACUGGAAGCCGCUCGUAGAUUAGUAGAAACGCACCACCAAAGUAUCACCAGCUAUGCAGAAAUUGUAAAGAACCACAACGAAGUAUUCAUGCAGCAGAAGAAGAAACAGCAACCGAAAAAGUACAUCGCACCGACCGAACCAAAGCAACAGAAAGACCAACAACAGCAACAACAAAUCCAAAAACGAAAUCAUCACUCGACCGAAAGCAUCACACCAACUACAACAGUACACUUGACCGUUUCACCGCCCCGCAAGAGAUCAACCCCUCAAGCUUCGCCAAUCGCCUCUGGUGACGAGGCUGAAGAUGACCAACAUCAAAACGAUACACUUAUCAAUUCCGAGACUCGGAAAUUGAUCAAAGCAACAAAUCGUGUUCCUUCCCCAAACCCUUCCUCCUCAUCCCAAAACCUACUCCAACCUCCCCUUAACUCUAAAAUGAAAUUUGACCCUCGGCACAAUAAUGCUUGUAAAAAGUGA